AUGACGUAUGCUCGAACUUUGGUUGGCUCCACCUCCACUAUCUCAGAUCAAUAUCCUAUCAUUUUUUAUUCCCGAGAUCUCGAGGAUAUCGAAUAUCCCCAUGAUGAUCCUCUGGUGAUUGAGGCUACCAUCGCCAACUACACAGUAAAACGAGUUCUCAUUGACGGAGGGAGCUCAGCCGACCUACUUUUUUACCCCGCUUUCUGCUCAUUGGGUUUUCGCUUGGAUCGGUGUCAACCUUCCAGUGUCUUUCUUUUAGGCUUCUCUGGCAACCAAGUCCCGGUACUUGGAAUUUUACCCCUUCAUGUUCGCAUCGGCAAUGGCGACCAAGCAAUCGAGACAUUGGUUAACUUUCAUGUGGUGGAAUGUUCCUCUGCAUACAAUGGAAUUCUUGGAAGACACUUUCUACAUCAAGCUCACGCCAUCCCUUCUACGCUUCAUCUCAAAUUGAAGUUACCUACUCCGUCCGGGGUAGGGUGUGUCCGAGGGGAUCAAGCAAUCGCCAAGCAAUGUUGUGCAUUUUCCCUUAAACAUAAACAUGUCACUACUGUUGACACUCGAGAAGAGGUAGCUCGCCCUGUGCCAGUCGACCUUGAUGAGGAACAAGUUGUUCAAGAUGGCCUUACCAUUCGUGUCUCAACUGCUUGGCCUAAAGAAGCUCUUCCUCAGCUUCUCAAAUUAGUCCGAGAAUUUAAAGAGCUACUCGCCCAAGGUCCUGAAGACAUGCCUGGACUUGAUCGUCGGGUAGCUGAGCAUGCCCUAGGGAUUCUCCCAGGGUGUCUUCCUGUACAACAAAAGAGAAGUGUAACAUCCCAUUUCGGCUAA